UUCUCCAGAACAAUGACUAACUUACAGAUAAAAAGAGCGCCUCCGUCAAUAGGAUAUUCUAAUUUUCAAAGAAAUUAUAGCUCAAAUGAUGGCAAACAAAAUAAGUUGUCUUGCACGAAUGUGGCUGAUAAAAAUAACGACAACGACAUACAUUUAAAAAGUAUGCCCAGUAUGCCACUGCCAAAAUACACCAGUCUUCAAAAGAACUUUAGCUCAAAUGAUGACAAAGAAAAUAACUUGCCUCGCAUGAACGUGACUAUUUCUGAUGAAAGUAAUGACAACGACGUACAUAUAAAAAGUAUGCCACUGGCAAGAUAUUCCAGUCUUCAAAAAAACUGUAGCUCAAACGAUGACACAGAAAAUAACUUGCCUUGCAUGAACGUAGCUACUUAUGAGAAAAACAACAACGAUGUAUGUGUGAAAAAUAUGCUACCGUCGGCAAGAUAUUCCAGCCAAAAAAACUUUGGUUCAAACGGCAACCAAAAUAACUUGUCUUCUGUGGCUUCUUCGAUUGAACAGUCUUCAGCAGAUAUAAACAGUGAUGUAGAUUCAAGGCAGUAUGCAUUUAAAGAACUUUCGCCCAAAUCUGGAAACAGUGAAAGAGCAGUGUCACAAAUUUUAUCACCUUCAACAGAAUUUAAAGAAUCAAAUAUAUUACAAAACAGCUUUCAUUGUGAGCUUUAA